AAAAUGAUCACUGAAAAUGAUAAUGUGGAAGAGAAUGAAACGCGUGAAAAUCAGCCGCUCAUCGCUCCUCCCCUAAGUGUGCACAAGCCACAACCGACAUCGGAUAAUACUGAAACGACAGAUACGGAAGCUAGCGAAGAAGAAAGUACAGCCACGAUGAAAACAGAACCGACAGCUGUUGAAAGUACCAGCAUCACUACUGAAAAGAUUGAAUUACCUUCCACACAAACAGAAGUUGCCACUGGUGAUAGACACCAUGAAGAGGAUACCAUUGCAAAACCACAGGCCGAUGUCGCCAAG